UUUCUUUUUAAUCCUCUGUUCUGUUGCUCUUCCCUACCCCACCCACCUAUUCAUUUAUCCACUAUUGGUCCACCAACUUUCUGUGCCAACUUUUUUUAAGAUUGCUGAUAUUAUUUUUGCAAUUCAAGUAAAUCCCAUAAAUAUUUACUUUGACUCCUUAUAAAUUCUUGCUUUAAAUAGUGCCUUUGGUCAGUUUUUCUGGUGUUGUACUAUUUUCUGUUUUUCCAUUAAAGUCAGCAACAAAGAGUUGAGCUCCUUUCACCAUUGGGGUUGGAUUUGAUAAUGGGAAGUGUUGGAAUGAAGAAAGCUUCAACCUUGAUAUGUGCUCCAUUAAUGGCUAAAUCUGCUGAGGAAAUGGUGAGGGGCAUGCGCCAGGCUAAGGCUCAAGGCGCUGAUGUUGUUGAGAUCAGGCUGGACUGCAUUAACAACUUUCAUCCUCACAAAGACCUUGAAAUCAUCUUGAAAGAUAAACUGUUGACAACCCUUAUCGUUUAUCGGCCAAAGUGGAAUGGUGGUUUGUAUGAAGUUGAUGAACAUGUUCGAAUGGAGGCACUUCAUCUGGCAAAAGAGUUGGGAGCUGAUUAUGUGGAGUUUGAGCUCGAGGUGGCCUCUAAGUUUAUGGAAGAACACAGAACGAGUUCUAGCAGAGGUAGUAAAAAUAUUGUGUCCUGUUAUGUGAACGGAGAGACCCCUUCAGAAGAAGACCUGAAAAAUAUUAUUGCAAGUAUGCAAGAAACAGGAGCAGAUAUGAUCAAAUUAGUCACUAAUGCAGCUGAUAUCACAGAAAUACCAAGAAUUUUUAAUCUCCUCUCAAGUUGCCAGGUACCACUGAUUGCAUACUCUUCUGGGGACAGAGGUCUUAUAAGCCAAAUAUUGUCCCCAAAAUAUGGUGGGUUCAUGGUGUAUGGCUCUAUGGAGGGAGAUUCUAUACCAGGUUUACCUACCUUAGCUAGCCUUAGAGAAGUGUAUAAAGUUGACUGCAUAAACAAGGAUACUAAAGUUUUUGGGCUUAUUUCCAAACCUGUUGGUCAUAGCAAAGGUCCUAUAUUGCACAAUCCUGUCAUUAGACAUGUUAAUUUCAAUGGAGUUUAUGUUCCAAUGUUCGUCGAUGAUCUUCAGAAAUUCUUCAGCAUCUAUCCGAGCCCUGACUUUGCUGGAUUUAGUGUUGGAAUUCCAUACAAGGAAGCUGUAAUUGGAUUUUGUGAUGAAGUCCAUCAACUUGCUCAGUCUAUAGAUGCUGCUAAUACAAUUAUAAGGAGGCCUAUUGAUGGAAAGCUGGUUGGUUAUAACACAGAUUGUGAGGCUGCAAUAACUGCAAUUGAGGAUGCUCUAAUCAAAGCUCAGAGAUGCACUAAUGGAAGAGCAUCUUUGGAUUCUCCACUUAAUGGCAAGUUGUUUGUGCUGGUUGGAGCUGGUGGAGCAGGAAGAGCUUUAGCAUUUGGUGCCAAAAGUAGAGGAGCUCAUGUAGUAGUUUUCGACAUUGAUUUUGACAGAGCAAAGUCUCUUGCUUGUGCUGUAACUGGUGAAGUAAGGCAUUUCAAAGAAUUAGCCAAGUUCCAGCCAGAGAAAGGAGCAAUUCUGGCCAAUGCAACACCUCUAGGAAUGCACCCAAAUACAGAUCGAAUUCCUGUUUCUGAGGCAAGCUUGGCAGAUUAUGAGCUUGUAUUUGACUCGGUUUACACACCCAAGAAAACCAGAUUAUUGAAAGAAGCUGAAACAGCCGGUGCUAUCAUUGUCAGUGGAGUCGAAAUGUUCCUUAGACAAGCCAUUGGGCAGUUCAAUCUCUUCACAGAAGGAGAAGCUCCUGAAGAAUUGAUGCGUGAGAUUAUUUGGAGCAAGUUUUAAUGGUCUUCAUCAAUGGAAAUACACAAUUUAAUAUGUAUCAGAUAUUCAUCUGAUUAUGCAUAUGCUGAUAAAUCAUGGAAAUUUCAAGGCAAAAAUGUACAAGUUUCCAUGAAGUUUUUUUUAUAUUUAUCAUUGUUAUGCUAUUAAUAUUUAUGAAUACAAAAUUGUAUCUUAUAUACCAAAA